ACCAGUUCUAACUGUGUGCAUUGUGUCUGCUUUGUGCACUUAUGGCUAGUUAAUUCUACAUGCACCUUGUUGUCUUAUUUAGUAGUAUACUGUAAGUAUAAGUUUAAUUAAGGCUGUAAAUACAGAGCCUGAAAGGAGCAAGAAAGAACUACUGGUACAUAGCUGUUACUUUUUCAGCCACAAUGAAGACCAUUUCUUUUCUCAACUUCCUUUUGUUUGUUCCACUUACCAAUGGAUCCAUAAUCAAUGUAGAGGGAUUCGAGGGGAGAAAUGUCUCCUUCCAGUGCAAACACAAAAUUGCAUCGAAAAGCAACAAGUAUUUUUGCAAAGAUCCAUGUAAAGGUGAAGGAGACAUACUGGUUACUGUAGAACCUGGCAGAAGAGCAGAGUCAGGGAGGAUAACUCUGGUGGACUCUGGGGAUGGAUCCUUCACUGUGACCUUCAGUCAUCUCCAGCUGUCAGACUCACAGAAAUACUGGUGUGCAGUGGAUAGGCCUGGUUUUGACACAUUUACUGAAGUGCAGCUUGCAGUAAAGGACGAUCAGUCAGCCAGCCAUUCAGUUCUUCAGUCAGUCAGUCGUCCACCCAGUCAGCCAUUUCAGUUCAUGUUCUGUUCAUCCAACCUACCUACAAUAAACCCCAUUAUCCUGCACCGUGAGUCCAGCGUUUGGGUCAUCUCUUCCUCGCCUCCACACACGACACGCCUGACAAUUACAGCAAGUAUCAUAUCUGAUGUUUCUUCCACAUGGACAUAUCAAAAUACCAACAUAACACAUUUUACAACUGGAACAGGAACCAUGAAGCCUACAAACCUUUCAACAGACUUAAACUUCACAGCUGAAGAAGAACUUAAAACCGACACAGGCACCAUCAUGCUUACUGCUGCUGUGGGUUUUGCUUUGAUCGCUCUCUUGUUACUGGCAGUAUGCAUCAGGAAGUCCAGAAAAACCUCAAAACAUAAAGAUUACUGCAACAGCACAGACUUCAGCAAUGAAAACCAAAGAGAGGUCAGCUGUGAGUACAGUGACACUGACGAGAGGACAAACCAAUGUAAAAAGUCAUCUCAGAGUUCUUCUGUCUCCACUCACCAACAAAGAUCCCAUUCAGAUCCAGCAUCAUCUGAACCUGCAGCAACCAAAUGCAGUGUACCCUCCAGUAUCUAUGAAACCAUUUAUUUCCCCAGCUUUCCUGCAGAUUCAGAAUGUUCAACUACACAGCACCAAAAUGUCUAUGAUGAUAACUCUGGGAUAUAUGUCAAUACUUUGUCAGCUCUAGUGCCUAAAAGAAAAAAAAAGGUAUUUGUCGAAAAGACAACUAAACCUAAGUCAUGUAAAAAUGUAGAGAGCUGUACCUACAAGGCAUCUCCUGUCUGCUGUGGAUCAACUGCAAAGGAGCCCAAAUCCCUUUGGUUUGGUUUAGAUUUAUCAGAAAUAAACCCAAAUUAAUCUUAAAUUUUCAAUUUGUAUGUUAUCAUAAACAUUCAUGGGCAAGUUGAUUUCUCCAAUUAUGUGCACCAUAAUCUCCAGUUAUGAUUAUUAACUUUUGCAGCUAUCCUCAGUAUCUGCAGGUUUGCCUUCUCAGGCAGAUUAUUGGUCAUAGUUAAAUUGGACUGGUCCUUUCUGGGGAUAGAAAUAAAAUAGAAUAGAUUAGCCCUUUGUUAUCAUUGUACAUGUACAAUGACAUUGUAGUUGCUCCACAGCAACUGUGCCGGAAUAAAUAUAAAUAGUAGACAGGAGGAAUAAAUAGCAAACAGGAGAAAUAUAUACAAUGAAGAGAGAUAUACAUAUAAAAAAACAAGCAAAAUAUAUAUAAAAAAUAAGAGAAAGGCACACACUGGAGGACAAAAUAUUUUCAAAGUGCUCGGAGCUAGUGCAUAGAAAAUCAAAAGAUCUGGCGAUGGUCUCCAGCGGUGGCAGAGGGCAGCCAAUGAUUUUUUGGGUGGCGUUAAUUAUGCUCUGCACACCCUUUAUCUUCUCGGCCCCCAGUAGUUUCUUUUGGGAAAAACCCUGAUCCUGGGGGAUCAGAAGUGUCUGGUCUUCAGUUAUUGAACAAAACGAAGUAAACAAAAUAAACUCUUUGUCUUGAAAUGAAAAAAAAAUCCAGUCUGAAUUGUCAUUUUAUGUUCGCUGAGACCCAAACAUUAAUACUGUAAGGGACUGUCAGUGUGCAGACCCUAUUGUCUACUACCCAGUUAGGACUAAUAGUGCAUAGGGCUUAUCUGAAAUUCGAGAAAUGGCUUGAUUCAGUUCUUCAGAGAUUUCCCAUAAUCCGACUGCCUGGCUGGCCUCACCAUUUCAUCCAGAAUCUCAUUUGUACUGGGUUCGCCAUCAGUGGUUCUCCAGAAUCCUUUCUAGUAAAAAAAAACAAAUUAUGAUUUUAUAACACAAAUAACUCAGAUGUUAGCAUCUUUGUCCUCAGAGUUUGGGCCCAAUAUAUUUUUCGUCUUCCUCCAACACACACUUGACACAAUAGAGGGAAAGAGCUCAAAGACAGAGACAGAAAACACUUCCUGUGGACAAGACCUAAGAUAAGACAGUCUCACAGACCUAAGGUUGUCAUAAUGCAAACAGUCUCACGGCGCCCCUGUGUGACAAUAAUAAGCAAUAGCUUUAAAUGACGUAAAGGGAUUUAGUAGCCUUGUAUUUCAUAUGCGUUACACAUUAUUUCUUGCAAGUUGUACCUUGUGUAGCAUAUAGUUAUAUUUCUAGGUGCACAUGCUGUUACGUUAUGGCAUAGGAUUUCAGAAGGGGUUCCAAUUACAGUACAUCUAUGUCUCAGAUUUAAAGAAGCAGAAGAAACCUGUAUAAAACCCAAAGAGGGUGCUAAACACCUUUGGUAUGAUUGAAGCUUUCCACUUUCUCCUGACAGAAUUUGUAAAAUGUAGCCUUAAAACAACCAUUUAAUUUCUGCUUGUCUGUCAGUUCAUGUCGCUCAUUCUACUUACUAGAUCCUAAAGUGACUUUUGUAUCCAGAUUUAUUUGCAUGGAGAUCAAAAAAUAACAGCUCCAGUGUAACAUGCAUGCAACAUGAUACAGGAUGUAACCAGUUGAUCAUUUUGUUAUUGGAUUAUUCAUAAGGAGACAAAAAAAAAGAAUAUUUGCUGUGGUGGCAUGAAAACGUGACUUUGCUUUAAUGUUUUAAUGUUACUGUUUUGUUUUUAUAUGAGAAAUGAUUUUAGUAUAGUGUCAUCAGUAUGACAUGUGUUUGCAUAUACAUGCACACAUAUAUGUCUGCUGGAAAGUCUCGAUUGCUCAUUGCCACUUUACAGGAAGGAUGUUCUUGGUGAUAGAAGUUAGAUGUAGGCACUGACAGCUUUUAAACCACAAAACCACAACUCAAAACACAAUGACUCUUAUGAGUAAACUGACAAAAAAUUCCUGUAUAAAUUUGAGUCUGCCAACUGUUGACCUGUCAGCCUUUGACUGAAAGGUUUGAGAUAGCACCUAAAAAUAUUCAAAAUAUAUCUGUACUAAUGAAAACCUCAGUAUUUGACUGUUUGUAAAAGGACUGUAAUUACAGAAGAAAAAAAACAUUUUGAGAAACAUUCCACAUUUCAAACCAGGAAGACUGGUAACAGUUUAAUAUAUAUAUCUGUCAAAUUGCUGUCUCAGAGAAAGCAUUUGAUUAAGUUUCAAAAAUAUUAAACUAUUCCUACAAUGAAAUUUAUGAUAUUGUGUGAAA